AUGCAGAUUCAUUCUAUGGAGCAUGUUAAUGCUGUUAAAGCAACUAGCUAUAUGCUAUCCAGUUACUUCACAUCUGAUACAUAUGCCAAUGGACAUUCAGCUCGAGCUGCAAGACUUGCAGCAGGAUUAUGUGCAGAUCUUGCCUCAGCUAUUAUGCAAGGACAUGCUAGAAAUGGUUUUGCACUUGUCAGACCUCCUGGUCAUCAUGCAGGUUUGAAACAACCAAUGGGCUUUUGCUUGCACAACAAUGCAGCAGUGGCUGCCUUGGCUGCUCAAGCUGCUGGUGCAGAUAGAGUGUUAAUUGUUGAUUGGGAUGUGCAUCAUGGUAAUGGUACCCAAGAAAUUUUUGAAGGAAACCGCACGAUAGGAGGUCUUGGUGCAGAAGGUUACUCCGUCAAUAUUCCCUGGAAAUGUGGAGGAAUUGGGGAUAAUGACUAUCUAUUUGCAUUUGAGCAAGUUGUUCUUCCCAUAGCUUUGCAAUUCGCCCCUGAUUUUACCAUUAUAUCUGCUGGAUUUGAUGCUGCGCAGGGUGAUCCUCUUGGUGGUUGUAGUGUAUUCGAAGACGAACAGGAUGCUACCAGAUACUGUGACCUACUUCAAGGUGGUGGUGAAGGUUGCGAGGGUGUUGCAGAACUUGAAGCUUCAUCUGUGUUUGACCUUUGCAGGAAGAUGAGGGCCCUCGCCGUCCUGUUUCGCCGGGGAAGGACACCUCCCCUGCCUGACAAUCUAAAACUCAACUUGAAGGCUAGAAAAAGGUCGUUGGAAGAUAAUGAAGAAUUGAAUUGAAGCUUCAUUGUUUGGUACUGUAAUUGUUUUCCUGUUCGAAGUUGUGUUCGUCUAUUUUCUUUUUUUAUAUUGUAGAGGUAGGGGUUCUAAGAGAUCAGUCCAGCCAUCAGUGACAAUAAAAUGGGAAAACAUAUUAUAAAGAGGGGAGAAGACAAGGCCUCUUCCCUCUAAGGAGGUAAUUGCAGAAAGAUACAAGAGAAAAAUAAGCAGGAAUAUAUAAAAAAAUGACGGAGAACCACAAACUUCCUUGGCAGGUAGUGAAGAAGAGCGGUUGAUGAUUCUUGUAUUAGAUACCAAGCAGCGCAGAGGGAAAGACCGUAGCCGUGGAGGUGGAAAGCAGAGAACUGCUGCGGCAGCAGAUCUUGUGUAAAUUCCUUAUAAGGAUUUGUGUUCUUACGUAAAGCUUGGCGGAUCAAGCUGGCAGUUGUUUGGUUUUGAUUUUUAACAUCUUGAAUCUAUCCAAGAGUUACGGGAA